CCGCCUUAGUCGGACGUCUUGUUGCUGCCGCUGUUGUUCCACGUCGUUUUAGGCGCUGUCAUAUCACCUGAUCGAAGCGAGCGCUGAGAGCAAGAUGAUCUUUCUUCACGGUUUGGCUCUAGCCGUAUAUGAAUUUCAGAGAUACCUCAAAUACCGCGAUGAUCAGAGACAAGAGAUGCAGAAGCGGGGGGAAGAUCAGCAAGCCGCUGAGACGUACGCCGCCACCGCUGUCGAGAAGGCCGAGGCUGCUACUGCUGCAGCAGAUGCUGGAUAUGCUGUCUGGAAAGACGCCAUGAUUUUUGCAGCUCUGGAAGCCGAGAGAGUGUCGGCAUAUUCUUCGAAGAACGCUGGGUCCCCUGCAACGUUGAUGGUGAAGAGACUGGAGGCAGAGGCAUUGGAGAAGGCUCACAAUUAUGCAGCGCUGGAGGAGAAGAGAGCAGCUGCAGCUCUUGCCUUGGAGAGGGUCCAGUCUGCUGCAGCUGGUACUGACCUCUCCAGUGGUGAAAACGCUGCAGCUGCUGUUGCAGCUCCCAAGGCCGACACCGUUCCAGCCAAACAGGACAAGCCAAAGAAGAAGGGCAUCUUCGGAGGCAUGAAGACUGGCUUCAUGCUGUAAAUGCUACUUUCUGAUUGGUCCUCGGUGGUCUACCUCAUCCUUUCAUGACCCACGCGCAUGUCCUCCACUAACGACCUUGACCCUGAUUGAAUCAAUUCCCGAUGAACUAUUUUGCUAUCUGUACAGAAGCGGUGUGAUAAACUUCCGCAGAGAUUUAGAGGCU